AUGGGUAUGAUUGAGAUCACCCCCCACGUCGCCCUGGGCCCCCUGGACCAGAUUGCGCCCCGGAUCUACGUCCGGUCGGUCUUCAUCUUCGACACCGACACAAGCUUCGAGACCGGCACAGCACUGGGCCACAUCGCCAAUCGAUUCCAUGCCUCUCUUCUCCGAUGGCCCUUCCUCGCCGGCCAGGUCCGUCCCGCCAGCUUCCCUUCUCGGCCCAACGAGCUCGAACUCCACUACCGCCGCAGUCAGGACCUGGCCGACCCUUCCCAGAGGCCGGACCUCUUCGCCUACCAGUCCUGCGCAACCCUCGGCGGCCUCACCUACAAGGAUCUCAAGGCCCAGGGCAUGCCUCCUUUCGCCAUGGACAAGGACGUCCUUUCUCUGUCCCCUAACCACCCGAAGCCUGGAGAGUCGUGCCCUCCUGUCACCUUGAAGGUCACUAGGGUUGGCAACGGCGGUCUGAUUCUCUGCUUUGCGACUCACCACGCAAUCUUUGACGGGGGUUUCAUCAAGACCUUCUUGGAGUUCUUUGGCAGAGGCUAUGAGAGGAUUCCAGGCCAGACCUUUGUCCGCGAGCAUAUGACCAGGCCUAGCAUGAAGCAGUAUGAGAGAACCAGCAUUAAGAACUCUGUGUUCCCUGAGUAUGACUUCACAACCGAGACAACUAUUGUCUCUAGCAUGGGCAAGCUUGCUGUGAAGAACAAUACAACCCAGGCCAAGAAGCCAGUGUGUGUCCUCUUUCAGAUCCAGAACUCAACCCUCAAGAGGCUGCACAGCUCUGUCCUUGCUGAGCUCCGCGACAAGCAUGGUCCAGACGCCUUUGUCUCCAUGGUCGACACCCUAUCCGCCCUCGUCUGGGUUUACACCACCCGCGCGCGCCUCCCCCACCUUGACCUCGACGACGUGACGUCCUUCACCACCGCCGCCGACGCCCGCCCUCGUCUCUGUCCUUCCUUCUCCCCCGACGCCUGGGGCAAUGUAUACACCCAAACCAGCGCCAGAACCAGCGUCAAGGACCUGGUCCAGAUCCUAGGCAAAAGCAACAGCAACGGCAACUGCAUGGCCACAGACACGACCUCCGCCAUCGCCGCCGCCGCCUGGCGCAUCCGCCAGGCCGUGGGCCAAGUGUCAUCGCCCGGCUACAUACCCUCGCGGAUCGCCCUCGCCGCCUCUCUUGCCGACCCGACCAUGGAGGGCGCCGCCUUCCGCAAGGCCCUGCGUCCCGACCACGCCGGCCUGGGCUGCAGCGUCUGGGUCCACAUGGGCGCCGACGUCGACUUCGGCAUCCCGGGCACCACCGGCGACGGCGGCAAGGCGGACCACGUGCGCAAGACGUGGUCGGCCAGCGACGGGAGCAUGAACAUCAUGCAGCGCCGCGGCGUCACCAAGGGCGACGCGCCCUGGGAGGUGCUCCUGGCCCUCCGGGAGGACGACAUGGAGAGGCUCUGCGCCCCGGGCGAGCUCGGCCGCUGGGCCAGCUCAUGGUGCGCUUAG